AUGUUAUCUCGUAUUGGAUUGUCAGCUUUGACCAAAAGAUCAUUAACCCCAACCACAUUCAGACCAUUAUUAUCAUUGUCUUCAACUCAAGCAGUUAGAAGUUUUAAAACUAUUCCACAACCUCCGGGUUAUAUUGUUGGUACAGUUAAUGAUGCUUAUGUUCCACCAGCUCCUCAUAAAAUUGAAGGUUCAUUGCAUUGGACAAGUGAAAGAAUUGUAAGUAUUGGUUUAUUACCAUUAGUUUUAUCUCCAUUUAUUACUGGUGCUUCAACUAUUAUUGAUUCUUCAAUGUCUGCUUUAUUAUUAUUCCAUUGUUUUGCUGGUUUCCAAAGUUGUAUUAUUGAUUAUAUUCCAAAGAGAGUUUAUGGUAGUUUACAUAAUUUAGCUAUUUAUUUAUUGACUUUAGGUACUGGUGUUGCUGGUUAUGGUGUUUAUCAAAUUGAAAAGAAAGAAGGUGGUAUUUCAAACAUCAUUUCUAAGAUUUGGGCUGCCUAA